UAAGGUUUUCCGCAUCACAAACCAAAAUAUAUUAUUCUCUCUCUCCAAUGGCUAAGCUUCUUGCGCUCUCUCUUUCACUUUGUUUUCUACUUUUUGGUGGCUGUUUUGCUUUUAGAGAACAGCCUCAGCAAAAUGAGUGCCAGCUUGAACACCUCAAUGCCCUUGAACCCGAUAACCGUAUAGAGUCAGAAGGUGGACUUAUUGAGACUUGGAACCCAAACAACAGACAAUUCCGAUGUGCUGGUGUUGCCCUCUCUCGUGCUACCCUUCAACGCAAUGCCCUUCGCAGACCUUUCUACACCAACGCUCCCCAGGAAAUUUUCAUCCAACAAGGUAAUGGAUAUUUUGGCAUGGUAUUCCCUGGUUGUCCUGAGACCUUUAUGGAGCCACGGGAAUCUGAACAAAGAGAGGGCCGCAGAUUCAGAGACAGUCACCAAAAGGUUAACCGUUUCAGAGAGGGUGAUAUCAUUGCAGUUCCUACCGGUGUUGUUUUCUGGAUGUACAAUGACCAAGACACUCCAGUUAUUGCUGUUUCUCUUAUUGACACCAGCAGCUUCCAAAACCAGCUUGAUCAAAUGCCUAGGAGAUUCUACCUUGCUGGGAACCAAGAACAAGAGUUUCUACAAUAUCAACAACAAGAAGGACGAAAGGAAGAACAAGAAAAUGAAGGAAACAACAUUUUCAGUGGCUUUAGGAGGGAUUUCUUGGAAGACGCCUUGAACGUGAACAGGCAUAUAGUGGACAAACUUCAAGGCAGGGACGAAGAUGAGGAGAAGGGAGCCAUUGUCAAAGUUAAAGGAGGUCUCAGCUUCAUAAGCCCAUCAGAGAAGCAGCCACGUCACCAAAGAGGCAGCAGACAAGAAGAAGAUGAAGACGAAGACGAAGAUGAAAAGAGACAGCCACACCGCCACAGCAGACAAGAUGAAGAUGAAGAUGAAAAGAGACGGCCACGCCGCCACAGCAGACAAGAUGAAGAUGAAGAUGAAGAAGAAAAGAGACAGCCACGCCGCCACAGCAGAGGUGGAAGCAGAAGCCAAAGAGACAAUGGGUUUGAGGAAACCAUUUGCACUGCAAGACUUCACCAGAACAUUGACUCAUCUUCAUCACCUGACAUCUACAUCCCUCAAGCUGGUAGAAUCAAAACUGUUACCAGCUUUGACCUCCCAGCUCUCAGAUGGCUCAAACUCAGUGCUGAGCAUGGAUCUCUCCACAAAAAUGCUAUGUUUGUGCCUCACUACAACCUCAAUGCAAACAGCAUACUUUACGCAUUGAAGGGACGUGCAAGAUUACAAGUUGUGAACUGCAAUGGCAACAAUGUGUUCGACGGGGAACUAGAAGCAGGUCGGGCAUUGAUAGUGCCACAAAACUUUGCUGUAGCUGCAAAAUCAAUGAGUGACAGGUUCUCAUACGUAGCAUUUAAGACCAAUGACAGAGCAGCUAUUGGCAAGCUUGUAGGGGCAACCUCUUCGUUAAGUAGUAUCCCAGAAGAUGUUAUUGCAGCUACAUUCAACAUGGAAAGGAAUGAGGCCAGGAAGCUCAAGUCCAGCAAUCCCUUCACAUUUCUAGUUCCCCCUCGUGAGUCUGAAAACAAAGCUGCAGCUUAGAAACAAUCAUGGCUUCCAAGCCUUUAUCCUUGUGAGACAUGUAUCCCACAUCAGUUGGUAAUAAUAAUGAAUAAAAACAAAGGCUUAGAUGCCUUUUGGUAAUUGCAAAAUUAUGUAUAAGUACUCAAUCUGAGUCACCAACCUUUUUUUGGACGUGAAUAAAGUAAGACUUAAAUUAAUCCCAA